UUCGACAGAUUGUAUAUUACAAGAUUUUAAUGGGUCCUAAGAAAGGCAAGGAAACUGUGGAUUAUGAAAACGCCUGGAGAGUAAAUAUAGAGGAGGCACGCUUAGACGAUGAAGACUGGACAGUGAAGGUAAUUUUUAUAGAAGCUGCUGGCAAUGAUCAGGAUCGUAUUUAUCUAGAAAAAUUUGAAACCUAUGCUGCAGAAGAGCGAAGAUUUGUUAUCAAAAAUAUUUGCAAAACUGAAACUAUAUUUAUGGUCAAUCAGCUAGGUGGUGAAAAAAAAGUAAAAGAUGAUAAUCUACGAGUGUUUGAAGAAGGUCAAGCUUAUCUUAAAGAAAAGAAGGAUAUUCCCCCAGUAAUACUGGCACUUAUAAUUAAGCAUUUAAUUAUAAAAAUGAAAGGAGAAUAUCUUUUCAUUAAACAACAAAAAUUAAAAGUAAGAGAAGGAAUGAAAAGAGAAUCGUCAACGAUGAUAGAUAGGGCAGAAGUUAGGGGAACAGUUAAUCUGAAAUUUGAUGAACCUCCAGAAGUUAUGCUACCGCCUCUAAAAGGAAAAAAAGGAGAAGUAGAAGCUUUUUCUUUACAAGCUGAAGAUGCGAAUAAAAAAUAUAGUACGUUACUUAGAAUAAGGGGUGAGGAAUGGAGGGAUAAAGUAUACAUAGAUGAUUACCCAACUGAGGGGCCCAAUUUAUAUGUUGCCGUUACGGGAUUUGUAGAACCAAAUUUAGCCGCAUGUCUCAUAAAAAUUGGAAUACCCUUAACAGCUAUUAUUCAAAUUCGGAUCGAUCCUUCAGCAACCAUAGUGCCUUCAACUUUGAUCCGAGCUACAAAAAGGGGACAAAGUCAUACUGAACUACUUGCGGAAAGGUCUCAUAAAUUUUGGGAAGAUUUGCAAUUGCUGCGGCUGAACGAAAAUACUACAGCUUUAUUUAAAAACACAGCUUUUGUUCUGUUUUCACCUCCAUACUGGAAUAAUGAUAAUUUAUCAGGUAGUCCCGAAAAAGUAUACGACGAACUCUGUUACUUAAUGUACGAUCUUCAAGAUCUAAGCCGGCAACAUAAUCAUUACUUAGAAAACAUGGAUAUCAUUAACAUACCAGAAGAACAUAAAAGUAAUCGCUAUUUAGGUAUUUACGAUAGACAUAUCGAUAGCGUACCUUUCGAAUCAAUAUCGACAUACUUAGUUUUAGACAGUAUUCUUCAAACCGUAACGGAGUGUCAACAUAUUAAUGAAAAGAGCAGAACCUCUUCAUUGGCAACAGCAAACACUUUGAAUAAUACUUUUCCAAGCCCAAAUGCGCAAGAUAGGUUACUACAAUCCCAAACUCUUGUUAAACAUUUCAUUAAAGAACUUUGUCAAAUCGAUUCGCGCAAUAAAAACUACCGCUUAACUUAUGGAGAUGAAUAUGAAAGUCAAAAAAAUCCUAAGGUUAUAAAUUACGGCGAUCUUUGUAAACAUAGCACAUUUCAUCUCGGUAAUAUAAAUUUAGAUAACAUUGUCUGGAGUAUGUUGUUAGGUAUGCCUAUAAAUAAAUUAUGGAUGAACAGAAAUAAAGCUUCAGAAGAAAUUCAGGCAAAAAUAAAUUUUCACGUAAAUGUACUUCUAUCAUGCUUCGAUCGAACCGAUGUUGAAACCGCAGAAUUAAACCGAUUAAUUCACAUUUUGGCCUGUCGAAAAAUUUAUAAUAAUAGAAGCUCAUUAAAGAGGAACCACUUAGUUCCAUCAACUAUAUCGGAAUUUAAAAAAACAUAUUUAAAAAGAAGCAUUUUAGCGGAACCUUUAUCAAAGUCUACAUAUAAAUGCGCAAGUUCUACAUCUCCUUCUUUCCCCUCUAUGGUAAAAAGCGAGGAGUCGUAUAAUAAAUCUUUGAUAGAUGAAGAAGAUGAAGUUUCCCGAAUAAAAUUUCUCUUUGAUUGUCCCGAUAUAAGUGAAUUGGUGUCGGCAGCUGAAAUAGUAAAUGAAAAACCAAUCAGCCAUGUUAUGAUCGAUGAUUUUGAAUAUUUUGAGGAUUUCAGUGGUACACGGGCUUUUCAAAUAAUUAAUGAUGCUUUCAACAAAUUUAAUUGCGUUGAUUAUAAGUACUGUGAAGUGACAGAUUGUUUUUUAUUGAUGUUCUUUAAUAGUCACGAUAAAGAUGGCGUAGCAAGAGAAGAAUGGCGAUGUCAACUUCCAACACCUUUAUGUUUACAAGAUUUCUUUGACUUUGUGUUGGAAGAACAUUAUGAUUGGAUUAAAGACGAAGAAAAGAUCUACGAUGAAAACCUUAUUAUCAAGUCGCAAUCAGAAAACAAGGAUCUCAAAGGUCAUUUAAACUAUAAAGCUUGUGUAGAGGAAGCCAAUGUACAAAUGGAUCUUCUUUUAGAAGGUUCCUUAAAAUAUGAAGAGAUUGCAAAGGUCACAAUUAGCAGUCCUGAAAAUUCGGAAUAUAAGAACAUUUCGUCAAAAAAGAUGUCGUUCUCUUCUAUAGCUGAUUCAGAUGUCAAAAGCAUCAAAAAAACUAAAUCACCUGCCAACGUAACUCCUAAGUUAAUUAAUCCCCAAACAGGGGACACUAUUAAACCGCCCAAAAAGGUAUUCUCUGGUUACAAUUUAUGUGACAGAAGAGUUGAAGUUUUUGGAAAAGAUUGUAGCUAUUUUUCAAAGGAUGGUACCCGAAUAAGCAGUUUUUAUUCUUUAUUAAUACCGAUGAAUUUAGAGUAUGUAAGCUUAAACAUAGUUCCAGGUAAUGGGCAAAACGAGUUUUGGUUUCAUAAAGCCAUAGGUGACUUCAUAUCAUCUGAAAUAAUUGAUACCUGUGAGUCUUUUAGAAUCACAAGUGAAGACCAAGUUAUUAUAUACAUUAAAAAGCAAAAAUACCAAAUUCCUAUUCCCCUAGCUCAAGCUUCUUCAGGAUAUGUUAGGCAUAAAGAAAACUCUGCUAAGUCACCAUCUCGUGAUGAAAGUAUCAUAUUACCACAAAUAUUUGAAAGCAAGUCAUAUCAUUCUCUUUAUGUUACUUGGCCUAAUGGUCUUGUAACAGAGAGUGUUUAUGAAGAUAAUUCACCAAUUUUUUGUCACAUAAAGCAAUAUUAUAUUACUCCUCCAUCACACCUCGAUGAAGAAAUGAGAUGUGUUAGUUUAAAGGGGGAAGUUAUUAUUUAUAAAAACAAUGGUGAUAUUAAUAUAUUGCAACCAUAUGCUUCUUGUAUUAAUAUAACUAAGUAUAGAAAAGAAGUGGCUUCCGAUGAAGUUUUAGAAGAUAUUUCUAGUGCAGCUAGUUCUGAUAAAAGUAAAAAAAUAAAAGAAAAAGGCAAAGGAAAAGAUAAAAUUAAUAAAACUGCGUCUAAAUCAUCUAAGACCACUUUAAGUGAAGAUGAAGGAGAAGUUGAUUUAAAGCCAACAGAGUAUAAGUUAGUCAUAGAAGAAUUUGAGACUAUUGGAACAAAUGGUUUAAGACAAAAAUGGAUUAAUAAUGAUAGUAAGGAUAAAGAGAAAUUGCUGAUUAAGACUGCAACAGAUUAUUGUCUCGGGGAAGUGUUUUCCAAACGUAUGGACGGAACUACUGUAUUAUUGAACAAGGAUGGAGUACAAAUAGUGACAUUCCCUGAUAAUACUAGAAUUCUGACUCGUUAUAUAAUUGAUGAGGAAGAAGUUUUUCCUGAGUGGACCGAUUUAGAACUGGAAUAUUUUUCUUUGUUUGCUUACGAUAGAGAUGUUGAUGCUUUGAAAUCAAAAGGAUCUAUUUCACAAAAAAGGUCUUCAUGUACAAACAGUAAUAGUGAAACUAGUUUAGGGUCCAGUAAAUUAAGGCUGGAAAAGAUAGAAAACGAGGAACGAAGAACUGAUGGCUAUAUUUCUAUUCAUGUUGCUUACACAAUCGAACAUCCCAAUUUCACAACAAUUACGAUUGACAAAUCCAAAGACAAAAUAGCAAUUGAAUCAACAAAUAACACAUGUGUGUCAUUCGAUAAGGACAAUAAUUACGAAUUUAUCUUGGACAGUCGGACUUCUGCAAAGUUUAAUGGAGAAAACGUAAAUAUCAGUUACGAAGCUUGCUCUGAUUGUAAGUCUUUUACGACGUGUGAAGUAAAAGUAAAACCUGAAGAAAUAAGUAGUGUAACUCAAAUAAAAAGAAAUUGGUUAAAAAUGAGAGAUUCUUUUUGCAAUCAAAUAACAGUUAAUGAAGAAGGCAACAUUUACAUAAUGAAUGAUACUUUUUCUGAUCAUAUUACCCACAGUGAAAAGUCUUUUUUUUCCGAAGAGGUAAACAAUGCUACGGAACAAAUCCAAAAUGGAAAUAGCGUAGAGAGCGCUGUAACAUCCCACGGUAAAUGCAAUCAAAUGUAUCAGGCGAAAUCGCUUAAAUUUUUUAUACUGGCAAGGGACCUAACAUGUUCGGAAUUAGUACAUAGGGAAAUCAUAGAACAAUAUAAGCAGGCCUGUCGCUGGCAGCCAUGGUGUUCCAUAAAUCAAUACGAUACAUUCGGGGACUACCGCACCCUUUGGUCAAUUCUUAGUCCCGUGCAUCUCAAUGAAUCAGAGAAAUGGCUGAUGGAUUCUAAAUUAUCCAAUAAACCCAAGUACUUGACUUAUAUGGAUUUAAAGAAAGAUUCUGGCAAAGGCUUUUACCAUUGGAUGCGUCCUUAUAAAUAUUUUAAACCAAAACCAACAAAACCUGAUAACGUCUUGCCAGAGAGACAGCCAAGGGCUUUCGUAUUGCGCACACUGGAACAGCAAUGGACAGAGGCUCGAAGAGAAGAGUUAAAAGGUAGUAAGGAACUUUUGAAUGCAAUACUUCGCUACCGUCAUCUCAUCGAGUCUGACUGUGCCAGUAUUUUACAUAUACCAAUUCACGAUCGAAGAACUGAAGACGAAAGGAGGACAGACGAGAUAGUACAGGCGGUUGCACAUAGGGUAUAUGAAGAACUGAAGAGUCGCCUGGUAAGUGAUGUCCAGACCAGGGCAAAGCCAAACAUUACUACAAGAGCGAGUCCGAUGUCAGAAGACGUGUCGGUGGAAGGAGAAGGCGACGAAGAAGAAGCCGAAACACGUUUUGACAUAAGAACAUUCGAAAAUGAUAACACGGAUGCAAUGAAAGCAGUGGAGUCAGCUUCGCAAAUGAGUCCCAACUUGAAGCGAUACUGGCGUCGACGUGCUGAAGAGUUGAAGGAGGAACAAUUUUACCAAUAUCUCUUGCGUGAGGGAAGUGUACCGCCUUACUUCCAAAAUCUUCUUGGCGGUGCAAUCUGGUGGGAGAUCGACAAAGCAGCGGAUGAAGCUGUGACCAAUGUGGAGCAGAAGAAAAUGAAGUGCGUUUGUUCUGAUGAAGACUAGACGGACCAAUUUCACAACGUCAUCUAUUUUAGACAUACCUAUCUAGAUAGGUAGGUAAAUACAAACCAUCUAUUUAACUAAUUUACACUAAAAUAUGU